AUGGCCGACGAGACGACGGUCGAUCUGAACGAGUACAAUGGAGGCUCCCUGGUUGUAGCAUGUACGGCCUUGUUGAUUAUGACCUGGUUUGCCGUCGGGCUACGGUCAUAUACAAGGUUGUUUUUGAUGAAGAGUUACCAAGCAGACGACUGGCUCAUGCUGAUAGCGCAGCUCAUCUUCACGGUGACGUGCGCAUUUGUUCUCGAAGGUGUACGGCGCGGACUGGGCAAGCACAAUGCCGCUGUUGCUGACGAAGACGACCGGGUGGCUGCUCUCAUGUGGCAAGCGCUCACCAUUGCGAUUUACAUACUCGACAUGAUGUUUAUCAAACUCAGCAUUGGCGUAUUCUUGCUACGCAUGGCGACGAGAGGGCGGUACAUCUGGGUCAUUCGAGCCUCUGUGGUCAUUGUCGCGCUCUGGAGUCUGGGCAUCUUUAUAUGGGAUGUGUUUCAAUGCACGCCAGUCGCGAAGCAAUGGGACUUUAGGAUCACGACAGGUCACUGCGCAGGACCAAAUGAAAUCAUCUCGGCAGCCUAUGCUCUCAGCGUCAUGACAGUCUUGUCCGACUGGUUCUUUGCACUCAUUCCCAUUCCCAUGCUUUGGGGCGUCAAGAUGACCAAACAGGCCAAGGCCACCGUCAUUGUCAUUCUCGGUCUCGGUGUAUUCGCUAGCAUUGCGACGCUUGUCAGGCUCAAGUUCUUGUCUGGUCUGGAAAUGUCCGACGACUUGUUGUUCUCGGUUACAGACGCGACGAUAUGGAGUCUAGUAGAACCAGGCGUCGCCAUCAUCGCAUCCAGCCUGGCUACCAUCCGGCCUCUCCUCCGGGCCCUCAAAAUCCGAGGCUUCCUGUCGACCGACAAGUACCCCGGCAGCGGCAUUUCAGGGACGGCACGUUAUGCGCAUGGCAGUCGAAAUACGCGUGGGUCUAUGCCGGGCUACGGUCCCCACGACUUGUCUCUCCACAGCGUGCCCAAUAAGAACGACACCUAUCCCGGCCAUGUCAGUAUCAGCAUUGACGAGUCCCACGGCCAAAUCCAAAAGAGCAGCCAGGAUAGCGGCGACGCGUCCAGCGACGCCAAGAGUGAAACCUUUAUCAUGACGGACACUAGUCAUUCUCCUAUGUCGAGAAGCCAUGAUCCAAGACGGACAGACCGACCCAUGGACAAACCUGGCGAUUUGGAGUCCCACGGACGGGAGUACCAAUUGAGAAAGGGAUGGGGCGUUGAGUAG